AUGGGCAGCAAGCGCCGUCUGGCCAAGUUCGGCAAGGAGCAGCGCAAGGGCAUGCGUGGCUCUGCAGCCAACUACAUCACGCGCAGUCAGGCGCUCAAGCGUCUGCAGGUGACGCUCAAAGACUUCCGUCGCUUGUGUAUUCUGAAGGGAAUCUACCCUCGCGAGCCCAAAAAGAAGCCUUCGGGCAAGGACAAGACGUACUACUACCUCAAAGACGUCAUGUUCCUGGCCCACGAACCGGUUCUCGAGAAGUUCCGCGAGUUUAAAUCCUUCAUGAAAAAAGUCAAAAAGGCUAUGGGCAAGAAGGACUACGAAGACGCCAAGCGCAAGCACGAGAACCGCCCUACCUACGAGCUGGACCAUAUCGUCAAGGAGCGUUACCCUCGCUUCGUGGACGCUCUAGGAGACCUGGACGACGCGCUGUGUCUCGUCCACCUGUUCGCUCUCAUGCCCACGGGCAACGGAGUCCACGCUCAAGUCACCAGUAUGUGUCUACGACUAGUCCGAGAGUGGCAGAACUACGUUGUCGCCACUAGAGCGCUGACCAAGGUGUUUGUGAGCAUUAAGGGCAUCUACUACCAAGCCAAUGUGCAAGGACAGACCAUCACGUGGCUCGUGCCCCACCAAUUCACCCCUACCGUGGACAAACGUGUGGAUGUGCGUGUUAUGCUCACGUUCCUCGAGUUCUACGAGGUUCUACUCAAGUUUGUGAACGCCCAGCUCUACAUGCAGAUCGGAGUGGCGUAUCCUCCCAAGAUCAACCUCCAACUGGACGCUGCGGGCGCUCAAUUGGCUGCGAUCGAGCUUGAACGUGUGCAAGAAGACGAAGAGAUGGCAGAGAGUGAAGAACAAGACAAAGAAGAGACGGAAUCGAACAAUAUUUCGCAGCAACAGAAGGAGUCCGAGAAGAGGAUCAAGACGCUCAAUGGAGCCAUCAAGGACGACGACGUUGAAGAGUACGAAGAGGACGAAGCGACGUAUGGAGAGAUGAGUGAGCCGCUCGAAGCUGCGUUCGCUUCGAACGAGCUAGCGGCGCAGAUUUACAGUGAACAACGCAAGGAACGCAGCGAGAAGAGCUUGUUCAGUGGGCUGACGUUCUUCCUGUCGCGUGAAGUGCCUGCUGCGUGUCUGGAGCUGGUUCUACGCUCUCACGGCGCUACGUUAGGCUGGGAUGGCGAGGGCUCUCCGUUCGACGAGAAGAACACGCGUAUCACGCACCACCUCAUGGAUCGUCCGCAUCAAGGACAUCGCUACUUUAACCGCGAGUAUGUGCAGCCUCAGUGGGUCUUUGACUCGGUGAACAACGGCAUGUUGUUGCCGCUUACACGUUACGUGCCUGGCGCUGAGCUCCCGCCUCACCUCUCGCCGUUCGUCAGUGACCAACAAGAAGGGUACACGCCUGAGUACAGGAAGGAGCUGGACAAGCUCAAGUCUGCGUCUCAAGUACUACGUGAGGUGGGCGCAGUGGGCGAGGAAGGUGCGUCAGACUCGGAAGAAGACGACGCGGAAGAGGCCUACGCGGCUGAUCUCAAGGCUGAGGUGGAUGGAGAGGACAAGGAGAGCAGCGACGAGGAGGAAGAGAGUGAGGAAGAGGAACAAGACGAGUCUCUGAAGCGUAAGGCGGAACCGGAGACGACCGAGAAAAAGUCGAAGCGUGUUAAGAAGGAAGAGGAGGCUGCAGAACUCAAGGAACUGGCCAAGACUAUGAUGUCCAAGAAGGCCAAGCGUCUGUAUGACCGCAUGCAGUACGGUCUGGGUAAGAAGGCGGACAAGAUCCAGAAACUCGAAGACAAACGUGCCAAGAUCGAAGCUGACAAGGAGAAACCUAAAGAGACAGCGACCAACGAGGUCUCCAAGAAGCGCAAACGGAAGACCAAGGGCAAGAACGCCAAUUAG